AUGGAGUUUACGACGUCGCUGCUGAUAGAAUCGUGGAUUCUGUAUGCUUUGGGCGUGGCGAUUGUGAUUUGCCGCAUGGUUUCGAGGAGGAUUAAGCUUGGGAAAUGGAGGAAUUUGAUGAUUGAUGAUUAUCUCAUGGUAUUUGCGCUGGUCAAUUUCACAGGAGUCGUCGUCUCCAUCAACGAAGUCGCCAAAAAUGGCAGCAACUACAUGUCAGCCGAAGCCGCCGCCGCCCUCACACCCGAAGGCGUUGACCGCGCCGUCUACGGCAGCAUCAUGACAUUUGUGCUCGAGAUAUUCACCAUCACCGGCACUUGGACCAUCAAAGCCUGCCUCUUGAUUCUCUACGCUCGUCUAACGAGACACACCCUAACAAAACAGCACUUGCUAGUCAAGAUCGCAGCCGCCUACUGCGUGGUGACAUACCUCGUCGUAACAUUCAUGUUCGUCUUCUACUGGUGCAGCCCUACACCUGAGUACUGGGCCGUUCCCGUGAGAAUAGACCAAUGCGCCACGUACUACCACCACAUGAUAUUCGCAACAGCAUGCAACAUCUCGUCCGAUAUUCUCCUGCUCCUCAUCCCGAUCCCCAUCAUCGUCAAGACCCGACUCCCCGCCAAGCGAAAGAUCAUCCUCGUCUGCAUCCUUGGGCUAGGCGUGUUCAACAUCCUCGCCGCCAUUCUCAACCGAUACUACAACUUCAGCAACCCCAAUUCAUACGUCUUCUUGUACUGGUAUGUUGCGGAGGUCGGCAUCGCCAUGUUGGUGGGUAACAUGCCGCUGUGCUGGCCGGUUCUACGAGCGCUCUUCGGCGUCAACGACAAGACGGACACGCCGUCGUACCACGGGUACACGUUCAGCGGAGGGGGUCGCAAAAACAAGAAGCCCAAGAAUAUUCUAAGCACGACGAUGCUGGGCUCCACGAUGUGGGAUAAGCUGGAUGAGCAGGAGGAGACGGCGGGGACGAAGACUGAUUCACAUGAGCAGACGGUGUCGGACCAAGGGAGCCAGAUCGAGCUGGUUUUUCAGGGGCAUGCGCACAGUCAUCAUCAUCAUGCUGCUGUUAGUGCGAAUCCGGAACAGACUGAUGUUUCGCAGUCAUCGGCCGUUUUGUCGUCUGGGAGUAGUGGGCAGAGCCAGACGAGGCAGACGGGGGACAAGAUUAUGGUUGUUACCACGGUGGAUGUUUCGUCGACAGAAUCUCGGAAAUGA